GAAAUGCAUUCGCUCGCUCACUGGCAGCCAUGAGCAUCAGCCACUAUGUGUUGGGAAUCGGAGAUCGCCAUUUAUCCAACGUAAUGUUUGACACGUCCAGUGGAACCAUAGUGGGUAUCGAUUUUGGCCAUUCACUCGGCUCGGCGACUGUGACACUACCUGUACCUGAGUUUGUGCCAUUCCGGUUGACGGGGCAGAUGACGGGCUUUUUGCAUCCUCACAGCGCCAACGGCCUGAUACGCGUUGCCAUGGUUACCGCAAUGAGUGCGCUACACGAUCAGCGAAAUAUCAUCUUGCGCAUUAUGGACGUGUUCGUACACGAGCCACUGGCAGAGUGGGAGUCCAUGGCCAAAAGACAGCACACGUCGGGCGACACUGACGCGCAGAUUGAACCCAAUUGGUAUCCAAUGCAAAAGAUUCGCACCGUGCAACAGAAACUCGACAAGGCGCACCCCUCCAUGAUUAUGACAGAAGAGGCGAAACGCAAUCCGAACUUCCACUCUCACACCCUCGCUCAUAUGGUCAACGCCAUUGAGGGCGAUGCUGCUGUUAAUGUGCGCGCAACAUUGGGCUCAAAUACCACACUCACUAUUGAGCAGCAGGUCGACUGCCUCAUCGACAUCGCAACCGACCCAAAUAUAUUGGGACAUACCUGGGAGGGCUGGGAGCCGUGGAUGUAACUGCCGCAGGAAUAUUGGUUUUUUUAGAUUGUACUUGUGUCAUGACCAUGCACAUGUUCAUGACAACGAUAUAUAAUACAUUGAAGAAGAAAAUAGCAUACUUUGUUUCUAAUAAAACUCAUUUCCCA